CUGCUGCGCUAAAUGGCUCAUCACUCCCACUUUUUUUUUCAUAAUAAAGAUUUCGGCUGAUCUUCCAUUCUUAGGUCAAUUAUUUUUAUUUUCCAAUAAAUUAUACUGCUUCGCACUUUCAAUUCCGAUAAUUAAUUGUAUACAUGAUCCAAUAAUUGCGAUGAAGAAUUCGACAAUUUUGUGAUAAGAAAAUUGAUUGAUUGAGAGAGUGAGUUAGAUGGCUGAGUGUGAGGUUUGCAGGGCGGUGAGGGCGAUGGUGUACUGCAAGUCGGACGGCGCCGCCCUGUGCCUCAAGUGCGACAGCUACGUCCACUCCGCCAACGCCGUCUCGCUCCGCCACCUCCGCUCUCUAAUCUGCGACCGCUGUUCCUCAGAGCCCGCGGUUGUUCGCUGCCUCGACGAGAAGCUCUCCCUCUGCGAGGCAUGCGACAGCGGCGGGUGUUCUCAUUCCCGCCGCGCCAAGCACAACUUUUACAAUGGCUGUCCUUCCGUCACCGAGCUUUACAAAAUGUGGCCGCUCACUCUCCAGGAAUUUGGUGAUAACGAGAAUGAGAUUAAUCUGCCGUUUGGCACAUGGCCUAUUCCGUCUCCACCCCCGCCCCCACCGCCUAAAUUUCUGCCGUCCACGUAUGGCAGGGAGUGUGAUAUCAUGUUUUUCGACAAGAAUUGUAUGCAAGAGAAUGAGGAUAUGUGUAGUGUUGACAUUGAUGGGAUGCCUUUGAGCUUUGGUAGUGGCUAUGAUAUGUUUCAAAAUGCUCAAUCAAGAUUUCCAUGUGAUGAUGGAGGAUUAACUGCAUUGCUAUUAGAGAACAACAAUUCUAUGGCAGAAUCCAACAUCACUCAUGAGGCGUCAAUGCCAGCACAGCACGACUGCAUUGGGCUGCAGACGCAGCCGCCUCCGGUGGGUGGGGCAACGAGCUUGUUGCAGGGCAUGAGCUCGGGCGUGCUCAUGAGUCCUCCUGAGAUUGGCCUUGGGUUUGGUGCGAACGGGCAAGCAUCUUCGAGCUUGCCUCUGAUUAAGGGGGAGAGUAGCGUGUCUGAGUAUCAAGAUUGUGGGUUGUCACCGUUGUUUCUGACGGGAGACUCGCGGUGGGACUCAAAUUUUGAAGCUAUGAGCAGCCCGCACGCAAGGGAUAAGGCAAAGAUGAGGUACAACGCGAAGAAGAAGACACGCACGUUCGGCAAACAAAUAAGGUACGCGUCGCGGAAGGCUAGAGCAGAUACAAGAAAACGCGUAAAAGGCAGAUUUGUGAAGUCGGGGGAGACUUAUGACUAUGAUCCCGAAGGAGCACUGCAUUAUCAAGCCUAGCUAAGGGUAUUCUGAGUUUUUUCUGUAGAAAAUAACACUGACUUGUAAAAUAUGGCAACGAUCAGAACGCAGAUCAGGCUAUUGGGCCGCACUGCCUGGACCUCGCGGGAAUUCCUCAUGACACCAGUUUUGGAAGAUGGAGUUGGUGUUGAGGCUAUGGUGCGCAUGAGAGAUAGACAGAAACGAAGAAGAGCAAAGGUAUCUUCUGUAGCGAGAAUGUCAGUAUAAUAUAGUGAGACCACAAUCUGAUAUUUCAAUAAUGAGACUACACACAAGAAGGGAAGGGAAAUAUAAUUUUUUUGAACAUUUUUUCUGUAUGGAAACCUGAAGAAAAUUUUGUCCCUUUUUCUUUUGGGAAAAUGUAAGCAGCAUCUAUUUGACAUUCCAUGUAAGAAAAGAUGAAACCGGAUUGAGAUUUUUAUUGA